UCAAAUUUUUUUUAAAUUUCUCAAAUCGCGAAGAUGUGCUACAAACUUAAUGAAGACAGUUGGACAGUAAUCUUACAGUAUGUAGGACUGAAGGAUCAAUUAUCAUUAAUGCAAGUUUCGGAGGAAAUGAAUACCAUUGUUCAGAACAACUGGAGAUACAUUAAGGAGGCUCACAUGGACAAAGAUAUCCUUGGAGAGUUUAACGAGGAGCCGAAUGAAAUGCACAAUUUCCUAAAGCUCGCCUGUAGAUCUCUGCAAAGGUUAUUGCUCUAUGGGCCAUUCCUUAACGAACUGUUACCAUCUUGGAAGUCGUACGACUUCCCCAAGGUCCGUAGUCUCGACUGUGCUACUUGGUUCGCAUAUGAGCAUGAUGACGAUGUGACGCUGCUCCUCACAGAGCUAUUUCCAGAGCUCACUAAGCUUACACUUCGAAACACAAACCAUGGUCAUCAUCUAUGGAACUUCAGAAAACUUCAGGAGCUGACUUUGCACUCCAGUUCGUUAGAUACGCCAACACUUGAUAGAAUCUUUGGAUCGUUGCCAUUGCGGAAACUCUCGCUCUUCCCGUUCUGUACUUCUGAGGUUGGUGACCUUUCUCUGGUCCACAAAUGCGCCACCCUAGAAGAGCUGCUAAUUGAGGACUAUAACUUGACGUUCGGAACGUUAAGCAGUUUACUGAAACUGUCAAGGUUUCAACGCUUGUGUUUCUACACGCGUGACUACUAUUACAAUUAUAUGCGUAAUUUGAAGCAUUUGGAUCAAGAGUCCAGGGUGCGAUCGCUUUUAUUUAACUCAUGUUCCUGGUAUUUCCAUGAUGAUCUGGGCUUGUGUGUUGCGCGUUUUUCAAAUCUUUGUCGUCUAGUGGUACAGGAUGAUGACAUAAAUAUGAAACAGCUGUAUAUAAUUUGUUCCAAUCUGAAAAUUUUGGAGGAGUUACAUUUGAUAGAUAUUCGUGAUUUCCCGUUUGCCACGGACAUGUGGAACAUGGUCGGUGCAUGUCGAACCUUAAAGGUCCUUAACAUAUCUGACAACAAAUUGCACGAGUUCUUUUUGGAAGAGAGUAGCACAUGUCUAAAUAAAGUACUCAAGAGACGUAAUGCAAAUUCCCCUGUCACUUUUCACGUCCACAAAACCAGACUGGCUAACGAUCCUCAGAGGACAAUAGAUGCACUGCAUCAUCCCUAUUUGAAAAUCUCAUUUAAUCCAGUGCAUAUAGACACAUUGACCAUUGAGAAAAGAGCAUUUAUUGAAACGGAAUUUAGACCGUUUUAAAAAAACCUGCUAAAAACCCAAAAUGAAGACUGAAGAAUUAAUUGUGAUUGAUGCUUUUUUUCUAGUUAUUCAACUUGCAAGUUUCUACAGCAGUAAAAAUAAUAAAGUAAGUUUGCUUACCAAAAGCAUUAGAAAAAUGUCCAACAUAAUUCCCAAUAAAAAUUUAAUAAUUGUUUUCUUUUUCAAUGUU